CGUGACCAAAUGUUUUGUUUUGUUUGCCUUCAUGAACAGGUCAGAUGAGCUAACACGGACACCGACGACAGCAGACGUCAGUGACCUUGUACCAGCCGCCAAGAAGACGCAGCCAUGGGGAACACGAGCAGCGAGAGGGCUCAGCGGAGGGACAGCCGAGGGAGCAAGGAGGGAGGCGGGCCCAAAAUCCUGAUGGACAGCCCCGAGGAUGCGGACAUCUUUCACGGCGAGGACAUGAAGGCUCCCUCGGAGAAAGAGGAGUUCCUUGCGUGGCAGCAGGACUUGGACGUAGACGACAAAGGGCCGACUCUGGACCGACCAACGGUCUUUCGCUGGACCGGGGAUGGCAAGGAGGUCUACCUCUCCGGAUCCUUCAACAACUGGGUCAACAAGAUUCCUCUCAUACGAAGUCAGAACACCUUUGUGGCCAUCGUUGAUCUGCCGGAAGGGGAGCACCAGUACAAGUUCUACGUGGACGGCCAGUGGACGCACGACCCAGUGGAGCCGGUUGUGACCAGUGAGCUGGGGACGAUCAACAACAUCAUCCAGGUCAGGAAGUCGGACUUCGAGGUGUUCGACGCUCUCAUGGUGGACUCGGAGAAAUGCUCCGACAUGUCAGACCUCUCCAGCUCUCCUCCCGGGCCGUAUCAUCAGGACGCAUAUGUUCCUAAACAGGAAGAGAAGUUUAAGUCUCCGCCCAUCCUCCCGCCUCACCUGCUACAGGUCAUCCUCAACAAAGACACUGGAAUUUCUUGUGACCCGGCACUCCUCCCAGAACCCAACCACGUCAUGCUCAACCACCUCUACGCUCUUUCCAUUAAGGAUGGCGUGAUGGUGCUCAGCGCGACUCACCGCUACAAGAAAAAGACAAUAUGCUGGUCAAGGUGAGAUUUGGUUCAAGUCAGAAGUAUGUUAAGGUGGCAGAAACCGAAGCAGGCUAUGAAGACUACAAUACAUUUAUUGAGAAAGUUGUGCUUCAACCAGAUCUAGCAGAAAUUUCUUUUGAGUCGAAUGUGUCAGACACCGUAUCCUCUGUGCCUUCUGAUUCAUCUGAUGCAACAAUAAUUCUUGAGAACGAUGGUGGGAGGAAAAGGACCCACGACGAUCGGGAAUCAGCUGAAGCGAUGGUGAGAGAUGUUCUUCAGUCCAAGCCAGGGGGAGAAAAAGUGUUGCAUGAAUAUGACGAAACAAAGACAUUGACGGAUGGUACCCGGCGACAUAUGAUAAACCUACUGGUGGCUGACAUGAUUGAAGUUCAUGGGAGGAUCCCACCAACCUAUGUGCGAACAAAAUACGCUCUUGGCAUUACCACUCUAUUUCCUUACCUCAGGGAUCCUUACUCAAAAAAUGGAUAUGAGCACUUCUAUGAUGCUGACAGUGGAUCUGGUUAUUUGGCCUGGAGGAUAAAGACAGUCCAGCGCAACACUGCAUUUCUAUCUCGGAGAUGCUCAACCACCUGUACCUAUCAAGCUGGACCAAAGAGCAAGAGAAAUUUUCUCCAAACUAACAAGCAACUGUCUGGCGAGGAAUGCCGUGAGGCAAUCUCCAUUUUGAAACAUACAACUGAUGAAUCGGUUGUCAAAGAGAAAAUGAGGGCAACAUUUCAAUACCGUCAGACGGUAGUUCAACAAGACCAGCAAGACUCCUCAACAGUCCUGGAUGUUUUCCCACGUUUUCUCGAUACACCUGGCUUGAUUGACCAAGACUUUGCCAUGAUGUUUGGAGAGGAGGCUUCUGGCAGAUUCUUGGCAAAAUGGCCCACUUUCUUCAAACCCAGGAUCCUGGCAAACUGCAAGAAUUCUAAUGAGAAUGUUGAAGACUUGUUGUCUGGGCAUCACUCCUCAGAUGCGUCUGGCUGGGACAGUGACCUGUCAAGCAUCCUACUGCUGGUUCACCUACUUCCCCCUACUGCAAAAGGACCCAAGAAGAGUCCUAAAAUUAGCUCGCAUCAAGCAAUCAAACAUGUUGUGAGAUAUUUGAGGAUUGGCGCCAGUGUUGAGACCUUCCUUGAGAGUUUGGAACCAGGACAACCCAUCCUCCUGUGUGUCGGUGAAGAGAAGAACAACAUCCAAAGAUUCUAUGUCAUCGUUGACCACAAGGCCGUCCCUUGCAAGGCUCAGACGUCCCUGGCAGCUUUCGAUGAACUCUUUAAGGCCCACUUCAUCUUUAGUGUUCACUACCACGAAUCCCUUAACAGCUUCUACACAUUCAUCCAAACAACUGUGUUCAACAUUGAUGUGGGAAGUACCAAGGAAAGUCCUCGUGUGAAGGAGCUCAGAGCAAGACUGCUGAACACAAGUAUCUGAGGUGACGCACCAUCCUUGGAUGCAAAUAUGUUGAUUUGUUUUAUCUGCAAGUUACACCACAGAAGUUCUAUGUUGCUUUGUAAGCAUUUGAGAUUUUACCAUGGUUUAUAUCCAGGAAAGACAUUACGUUUGAAAUGUGGACAGCCGGGAUGUUCUUCAUUCUUUUGCACUUAUUCAGGGUUCAAGAAACACCUUAUUCGUUUGCACCGGGACACUUUCAACAAAUACUGUCAGUCACUUCAGUGCUUAUUGUAUCAAGGAGAGGGAUGAUUCAUUUUCUGUUGUUUCUAUUGAUGAGUUGAUUUAUUAUAGACCCUAUGCUAAACAGUUAUCUAAUGAGAUGGAUGAAAAAAUAUUAGGGCUGUCAAUCGAUUACAUUUUUUUUACUAAUUAAUCGCACAUUUUGAAAUUCAUUAAUCGUGAUUAAAAGUUGUUUUUCUUCUUUUUAAAGACAAAACUU